CGAUUCAGAACGCACUCUCAACAUUCAACCUCAACCGACUGUGGUGUUGUACAGCAUUUUUGCUUCCUUUUCGGAUCUUCUUUGUCGAACGCAAUCGCGAGUACAGGAGGACGAUGGUCCGACCACAGUUCCGUAAUAAUCCGUUCCUGGUUUGCUAGUGCGUCGUCGUCGUCGCCACGACAUUUUCAUUUCGGAUUUUGGUUCCGGGACCGUGCGAUUUGCGUGGAUUCGAGGGAGGGGGCAAAAGGAAAAACGCAACAAAGCAGGCGUGUGUGUGUGUAUGUGUGUCACCUGGGAAACGUUCCCUGGCAUUUUCGAGGAUUAGCUGCAGAAGUAGUGUCGGAGAGGGUUAGUGGCCCCCGCGGAUCGUGUUCCGUGGAAUCCGCAGUGAAAAGUGUUCCUUGAAUCCGAACAGCAGCUGCCAGAGGAUUUAUUAGCGAAAUCAUGGAUUGUCCCCACAUCGGAGAUAAUGUGGUCCUGCGGAAGGAUGCGGUCCGGAAUAUGAAGCUGACGCUGGUCGGAGGUCAACCUGCCACAUCCGAAACGCCAGCGGCCAGUACCACCGCCGUGACUAGCAGCAGUAGCUCACCAGCAUCGUUCUCCAAGCUGUGGAAAUGUGCAGAAUGUUCCGGCAAGGACAACUGGAUGUGUCUGCAGUGCGGCUCGGUACGCUGCGGCCGUUACGAGCAGGGUCACGCGUUGAAGCACUCGUCCCAGCGGAACCACAGCAUCUGCAUCAACACGGUCAAUCUGUCGGUUUACUGCUACAAAUGCGACGAGUUUGUGGUGAACGACACCGCCGACAACGUGCUGGAGGAGAUUCGGGGCGAGCUCAAGGACGGCGACUGCGACACCGUGUCCGAGACGUCCUCCACGAUGGAGGAGAUCAGCUCGUCCAAGUCGGGCGGCGGCGGCCAGGAAAACGCCAGCAGUACGUCCUCGUCGAGCGAUUCCGGCUGGGAGGAACCGUCGUCGGCAUCGUCGGCCGUGUCCUCGACUUCGUCACAUUCCGGGGCGGCGCUGUCGGCGGUGACGUUGAUUACCCCCGUCCGGAAGCUGCGACCCCGCAAGCGGACAAUCUCCAGCGAUAGCAACAACGAGAACGGAGCGGUCGCCAACGGUGGCAACGGCGCCAGUAACAGCAGCAGCAGUCAGGCCAAGCGGAAAUCGAUGCGGCGCGUCGUGGGGCUGCGGAAUCUCGGCAAUACCUGCUUCAUGAAUUCAGUAUUACAGUCGCUGAGCAACAUUCAGGAGUUUAGCUGUUACUUUAACGCGAUGCCCUCGCUGGAGACGGGCAAGCACAAGCAGAAGGCGUACCACUCGCGCAGUAUGAAGGAGAACCUGGACGACGUGUUUGUGGUGGAGGAGUUGAGGAAGGUCUUGCUGAACCUCAGCCAGGGCGGGGACGGCUCGAAGGGGGCCAUCUCGCCCGAGUGUCUCUUUCUGGUGAUUUGGAAGGUGGUGCCGCAGUUUCGGGGCCACCGGCAGCACGACGCCCACGAGUUUCUGCGCUACAUGCUGGACCGAUUGCACACCGAACUGCAGCAGGUCUCGUUUCCGGUGGACGGCAGUUUGGCGGGUGGAGGCGCCGGCGGCGGCGGCCACAAACCGGGCGAAGGUAAGCCCAACCCCUACAACGUACCUGCACUGAGCCACCUGCACACCAAGGGACGCAACUCGAUCGUGACGAACGUGUUUGGCGGCAUUCUGCAGAGCGAGGUGCGCUGCCUGAUCUGCGGCAUGGAAAGCAAGAAGCACGACCCGUUUCUAGACCUGUCGCUGGACAUUCCGGAGAAGUACUACACCAAGGAGUCGGCGGUGGAUGGGGGUGACAAGGACAAGGACGCGCCCGUGUGUCACAUCUCGGACUGUUUGUCCAGUUUUACGGAGGUGGAAGAACUAGCCGAAACCGAACUGUACUACUGCAACUCGUGCAAGUGCAAGCAAAAGUCGACGAAGCGCUUCUGGAUCCGGAGAUUACCGAACGUGCUGUGUUUGCACAUAAAGCGGUUCAGAUGGAACAAUUUCUACAGAACCAAGAUCGACCUGCGGAUAUCGUUCCCGAUCAACGCGCUCGACAUGUCCCAGUUUGUGCUGAACAACGGCCCCGAGACGAGACGUUCCAACUCGAGCUGCAACGUGUACGACCUGGCGGCCGUCAUCGUCCAUCACGGCAAUGGCUCCAGCUGCGGCCACUACACAUCGUUCGCGAUCAACAACGGCGUCUGGAUGCACUUUAACGAUCACACCGUGAAGGAGGUCAGCAGCGCAGCCGUUGCCGACUGCAAGCCGUACAUCCUGUUCUAUAUCAAGCGCGAUCCGACCAACGCUAGCCGAGUUGGUGGUCAAGCGUCCUGAGAUAAGUUAUUUCUGUUUCGUUGAGACUGAUUAAGGAUAGAGAGAGAGAGCAAGCCCGAAUUUGGCCAAUUCGCAUACACACACUCACGCUGCAAAAACCUGGUUUUUAUUCGUAUUGUGGAGUCUGUGUGGAUUAAGAAUAAUCAAGCAAAGAAAAAUCGUGUGAACCAAGGCGGGAGAGAAGGAAAUUAUUACACCUUAAACAUAAUAGUGAAAGAAAAAUUUAGUAAGAAACAGUCGUUGAAUAUGAGAUAUCCAAUCAUCUAAAAACAAAUACAACUCGUUAAACAGAGAAAGAAACAAACAAACAAACUAAACUAUCCGGUCCGUUUCGGAACAGAAGGAAAUUGUUUCUUUUGAACGCACCUUGAAACGUUCGUAGCUCCCGUUACAAAGAUUACACAUGUGAUAAAUUGAAGCAUUUUAGUAAUCCUAAUCUAACACACACCCAUACUUCUUUUCGUACCAAAACUAUACGUGAAACCAGUCCAAUUGUGAGUGCAAAUGUAAACCCGUUUCCUUUUAAGCGUAUCUGCCCCGCCCCCCCUUUCGUUAGUGUAAAGCGAGAGAGUGCGAGUAUUGUCCAUUCUAUCAUCCGUUCUCUCCAAACACGCUAGCUUUCCUAGCAAACACAAAAGUUUAGAGAUUCUCAAAGAGGCCGCUGCGUUUUGUGAUUUUUUACCUAUUAUUUUAAAAACUACUAGAAAACAUUAUUCCAUAAGCUUAGCGAUUAAGUGUAAAUCCGGCCCCAGUUUUCCCAAAUCGCGUUAGAAAAAAAAACAAAACACAAGAAGCUAUUUCGAACCUCAUUUUUCUCCAUCGUGUAGUGUGAUGAUCACACCACUACUAAAGCAUACCUUGAGUUUUCUUCAGUAAGUAUUUCGGCGAAAGCAACACGAGCCCACACUUAUUUCAACAGAUUGUACACAUUUGGAAAAUUUACUACUGUAAACUACGAUAACAUAGCGUUGGAAUCAUCAUCUCGUACAUUUAGAAGUAGAGCAAAACAAAACAAAA